CUCAUCUAUACAAACCUCCAAAAUGGCACCAUCCACCAUGUCCCAACGGGCCCAAGAAGCCACCGCCUCAUCCAAAAGCAUCAUGUGGGACGUCGUCGCCGACCUAUAUUGCAAAACGAGCAACCCAGAUGGCUUCGUCAACGUCGGCCUAGCAGAGAAUAUGCUCAUGCACUCGAAACUCCUCGAAGCGAUCAACACGAAGCUCGAGCUGCCCACGAAAUGGCUCACGUAUAACGACGGGCCGUGCGGAUCUACGCGGACCAAGACCGCCGUAUCGAACUUCCUCAAUCGCCAUUUCAAUCCCGCUACUCCUAUUCUGCCAGAUCAGGUCCUUGUCACGAACGGUGUCUCUUCGGCGAUUGAGCAUCUUUCGUGGGCGCUCGCUGACUCCGGCGAGGGCAUUCUCCUCGGAAGACCGUACUACGGGACUUUCAUUGCGGAUAUAUCCGCUCGCCCUGGGACGAAUGUCGUUCCCGUGGGAUUCAACGGCUGCGAUCCACUCAGUUCAGACGCAGUGGAGAAGUACGAAGAAGCGCUGCUUGAGUUCCAGCAGCGAACAGGCCGACAGGUCAAAGCGCUGAUGCUCUGCCACCCGCAUAACCCGCUGGGCCGAUGCUAUCCGCGCGAAGUGCUGAUCGACCUCAUGCGCCUGUGCCAGAAAUACCGGAUGCACUUCAUCAGCGACGAGAUCUACGCGCUGUCCACGUGGGAAAAUACAGUUGAUCAUGAAGGUCCAGCCGCUGUUUCAUUUGUCUCCGCGCUAUCGAUUGACCUGGAAGGGAUUAUUGACCCCGAGCUCGUCCACGUAUUAUGGGGCAUGAGCAAGGACUUUGGCGCGAACGGGCUGCGGCUAGGCGCGAUUAUCUCGCAGGGUAAUGAGGGUCUGAUGGCUGCGUUGAGGAAUAUGGCGCUUUAUUCGUAUCCGUCUGCGGCGGCGGAGUAUGUUAGUGCUUUGGUUCUAGAGGACGUUGUAUUCACGGAUGAGUAUAUUCAACUCAAUCGGAGGAAGUUGGGGGAAUCGUAUGCGUUUGUUGUGCAACGGCUCAGAGAGCAGGGGAUUCAGCAUGCGCAGGGCUGUAACGCGGCGUUCUUUCUGUGGGUGGAUCUGGGGAAGAGGUUUUGGGAGAUGCAUCCUGAGGUGGGGGCAGAUGAGCAGGUUAGUGAUAGGGUUAUGCAGAGGCUGGUGGAGAAGAAGGUGUUUCUGGCGAGUGGGCCGUUGUUUGGGUCUGAGGAAGAUGGGUGGUUUCGGAUCGUGUUUUCGCAUCCGAAGGAGUAUCUGGAGGAGGCGUUGCGGAGGAUUGUAGAGGCUUUG